AUGGUCAAAUCGACGCAAAUAGCAAGGCUGGAUGGCCUCAUGCUUGCGGCCUCGGUCGACGACGAACAGGUCGAGACAGAGCUCGCCGAAGUCAAGUCGCAGGCAAAGAUGAUAUUCCGACGGUUGAACCGCAAUUCGGAACAACAAGCAAGCAUAGAAUCAGGGCAAUAUACGCUCCACUACAUCAUCAAGGACUCCGUGUGCUUCCUAUGCAUUUGCGACCGAUCCUACCCGCGGAAACUCGCAUUCACCUACCUCUCCGACCUGGCGCAAGAGUUUACAACCAUCUACCCUUCUCAGCAAUACCUGUCUCAGACACUGCGGCCUUACGCAUUCGUCGAGUUCGACACGUUCAUCCAGAGAACCAAAAAGACAUAUCAGGACAGCCGGGCCAGCGCGAACCUGGACAAGCUGAACGACGAGCUAAAGGACGUGACGAAGGUCAUGACCAAAAACAUCGAGGAUCUGUUAUAUCGGGGCGACAGUCUGGAGAGGAUGGGGGAGAUGUCUGGCCGACUGAGAGAGGACAGCAAGAAAUACAGGAAAGCCGCCGUGAGGAUCAAUUGGGAGUUGAUGCUGAAACAGUACGGUCCCUUUGCUGGCCUCGGCUUGAUCAUCCUCAUUUUCAUCAUCUGGAGAUUCUGGUGA